AUGCGGGAGACGGAGGAAGAGCGGCAGGCAGCACUGAUUGCCUCAAGCGUCCUAGAUGAAGCGCUGGGCGACAUCCGCUUACAGUACGAGGUCCAUGCCGAGGACUUGACGAAGAGGGUUAAGGACGCCCGUGGUGUCCUCGAUGCGGCUGCCGCCCAAGAGCAGCGCGAGUCCACCUUGGCUGCCCACGAGAGAAUGGCGGCGGAGGCGGAGCCCUCCCUUCGCCUUCGUGAGGAGGCCGCAGCCAAGCGUGACCGGACCACUCUCACCGCGAAAGCUUCGGUGGCCCGUCACGCGGAGGAGCUACGGCUCCGAGAAGAGGCGUGCCGGGAACGGGACGCCGCACUCGCCGAGCGCGAAGCCGAGGUGAACCGCCGUGAGGUGGCCUCGUGCCGGCUAGGCGAGCAACUCGCGAAACGCGAGGAGGCCGUCGCUGGGCGCGAGGCUCAGCAUCUGGAGAGUGCUCGCGCCGUGCACGCGGCGAUGGCGGCGAGGGCUUCUGAGCUGGAGGCUCGGGAGAAGGACCUGGCGGCGGGCGGGCAGCCCGGCGGCGCGGAGUUGGUGAGCCAGCUUACCGCGGCUCAUAGCACUCUUGCCGACCUAGAGCGCCUGGUGCAAGACCAGGCUAGGGAGAUCGCGGCCCUCCGCCUUACCAACGAGAUCGGACCCGGGCAGCUCUCCAAUGCCGUCGAUCGGCUGGAGCGCGCGGGGCGCCGAGUCAGCAUCUCCGUGCGUCGGGAUAGUAAGCUCCCGCCCACACAGCCGGCACUCGUGCUCCGGCUGGACGGGCUGGUGGCGGAUCUGGAGAGGCUGGAGGAGGAGGUCGGCGAGACCAUGAAAUCGUCGUCGGCUUCCUUGGCGCGGGCCGCGGUGGAACUGGUCCUCGCGAGCCACCAAGCCCGCAACCCGGACUUCGUCCCAUGGCCCGGACUCGAGGAUUUCCCCCCGGGGACCUAG